AGACCUAAAGAGGUUGUAGCGCCACUGAUUUUUCGUAUAUGUACCUAUAUACUUAUAUAUUUUACAUUCCUGCAGCGCUGUGUGUAUGAUGUAAAUGAUUAAAACUAUGAUUUCCCACUAUGCCAUGUGCCAUGUGUGAAAUAGUUUUAGAUAAUCAACACUCGUUUUUCUAAUUACUGAUUAUUUCACCUAUAUGCUUAGUUACAAUCUAAGGAUUUCAGUAUAUUGAUAAUGUGGUCAAUGUUCCGCCGAAUUACAGUUUAAUUAUUAACAACACAGCAAACUAAUCGAUUUUAACGUUUCGUAAGGAACUGCAACGUUUGUAAUUUAAAAAAUAUUGCGUAGGUAAUGCAUUUCUGUCUAAGUAAAAUGUUUUUUAGCUUUUUAUACGUACCUAUUAUAUUAAGUAACAAUAUAAGUUAUAACGGUGAAAAGUUUCCUCUAAAAUAUAUGCGUUCUGAUACUAUUCUACCACAGGCUAAAGAUUUAAAUUUUUUUAUCUCAAAACUGAAGAAAACGCUUUAUUAUAAUACAAAGUCACCAAAUAGCACGGAUGCUAAUAUUGCAAUUGGUACCUAUUUUGUAACAGCUAUACUUCAAAGAACUCUAUGGGACCACACACAGAAAAUUACAAAUAAACAAAAGAGAGCGAUCGUUAAUUUAAUAAAUAGAGGCAAAAAUUAUGUAUCUCAUUCCAUCUUCAAUAAUAAACCCUACGGAUACAAGGAUUUGGAAUUCAGAGUCACAGCUUUAUAUCAAGACGUUGACAUAUUCGCCCAUUCAAUGAAUGAAUUUAAUGAGAGACGUUUACAAAAAUGGAUUUUAAGCGAUAUAAAUAUGCAUCCAUACAUCGAAAAUCUUGAUGAUAUCUCACUGAAAAAAGAAAUGUAUAUCUCUAUACUUUCAAGAAUGGAGGAUUAUAAUAUUAGUAUAAAGAAUUCAGAUUUCUGCAUAUCGACCAUAAUCGACACUCCACAGGCUAUUAAUAAUAAUGUUUCACAAGUCUGCAGAGAUGCCUAUUGCAAAUAUUUUCUCUUCAAUGGGCCCUCCGUAGCUUACCCACUCAGUCAUAGGGCCUUAAAUAUAAUGUUACGGCGUAAUUGCCGUCGUUGCCACUUGCAGUCUCCUAAAGAAGACGAUAUGAUGAUAGACCAGCUCUGUGCCUUCAUGUAUCGGGAAGCAGUGUAUAUCGCUAGACGGGGAUAUUUUGCACGAGACAUAUUUUUAGAACACGUGGCUCUCUGUGCAAUUAUGGGUUACAAAGAAUUCUUUCGCAUGCACUGGUUCUACAAAGCUGCCAGUUGGAUGAACAACGCGGGAUGUAUACAAGAGAAUCGUAAUUUUUUAUUAAACCAGACAAAACAAUACAAAGAUAUCGCUAACGACACUAAAACAAUUACAAUGUACACCAAACAUCUGCAACGAACACUCCUAAACGAAUGUCAUGAGCAUGAAAUGUCUGUUCUUAGUGUUUUUCUUGCUAAUGCUGUACGAUAUACGGCCGAGUUUAUGCAAAAUUAAACAAUUUUAAUCAUAAUAUUACUGAGCUUUUAAUUUAAUUAGCCAGUUAUUAAAUACCUAAUGCAUAUAGGAACUGUUUUUUGCAUAUUCAAGCGCCAUUUUUAUACAUUUUGUUUAGACUAAAAAAGUGCAUUGUGUAAACUAUCUCGGCUGGCAUUCCUAAGCCAGUGUAUAAGUCUCUACUCUCUAAUCUUGUAUGUGUACGAGCCAAGGCAGUAUUUUUUUGUUUCUAUCGAAUUAGUGUUAAGCUGUAAUGGUAGAAAAUAAGGUUUUAACUAGUUAAUUAUUUUGUUAUAUGUGUGGUUAAUAAAAUGUU